AUGGAGGAUUCUGAAGCUGCCUCAACUGAUGAUAUUACCAAGGGUAGUUGCCCUAGGGGACACUGGAGACCUGUUGAAGACGAGAGGCUCCGCGAGCUUGUCCAACAGUAUGGUGCUCAAAACUGGAACUCCAUUGCAGAAAAGCUCCAAGGAAGAUCAGGAAAGAGUUGCAGAUUGAGGUGGUUUAAUCAGCUUGAUCCAAGAAUCAACAGAAGACCAUUUAGUGAAGAAGAAGAAGAAAGGCUCCUUGCAGCUCAUCGGAUCCAUGGAAACAAAUGGGCGCUAAUAGCCAGACUUUUCCCUGGAAGAACUGAUAAUGCUGUCAAGAACCAUUGGCAUGUCAUCAUGGCAAGAAAGCACAAACAACAGGCCAAACAAUUUGGCAACAACAAGACAAGUUACAAUAAUCAGGAAGGUGACUCCAACCCAAAUCCUAAUUUAAUUCAUCCAAGAAAAUCAAGACCUCAGGGAUGGUUUGGCUCAAGAUUAAUUGGCACUGACAAUGCUAGCUUCUUAGAAUUUCAAGAUCUCAAUAAACAUACUCAUAAUCAUCAUCUCUUCUCACCUUCUCCAUCUACUUAUUCACCUUCUUCGACUUUUGCCUCAUCCUCCAACAACUCCUCUUCGGUCUCAGUUAAACGAGAAGGAAGAGAUUGUUUUUUGAAUUCUACUUCUAGUUUUUACACUAUUGAGACCUCCAAGAUAUCUAAUCAAUUGCCUAUUUAUAGAUUUCAUAAUCCAAACUCUCUAAUAUAUGACAGCUGCUACCAAAAUUCCACUUCAUGUGAUCAACUUCCGAGCUACAGAACAAAUAUUCAAACUUCUUUUGGAUACUUUAAACUGGAUGAUCAUCAUCGUGAUCAAGUCAAUGGAAUAUUUAAGAGAGAAAUGGCAAGUUUCCAUGAAAAUUUGGUCAGUCCAAGAAGCAGUGAACGAGGAGAUGAAUCCAUAAAAAGCAAAGAUAACGCUCCUUUCAUAGAUUUCCUUGGUGUGGGCAUCUCUUCUUGA